UUGUAUCUGAAAAUAAAAAUCUAAGAGGAGGUUGUGUAAGUAAUAAUAUCUGUUAUGUCUUGUUCAUUACAAGACAAUGCCAUUAUUUCGGCAAAUCUUACUAACACAUGCCUUUGAAAUUCAAUCCAUUUUGGGAUUUGGGAACCAAGCUACUUCUGUCUCUAGAUCUAAUCCAAUUCAUACCAUCUUCUUCUUCUUCUUCUUCAUCAUUCAUAAAAUUCUUAAAUUUCAUCUCUUUCGAAUACUCCUAGGACUACCACUAACACUAGAAUCAUUUCUCCCCUUUCUCUCACCUAACACACACUAAACUCAACACACUUCUCAGCUUGUCCUCGUUUUCCGUGAAAUUAGGGUUUUCCGAUCCCCAUUCCCGGCGAUGGAUUACAGCCGAGACGGCGACGUCGUUCAAAUCAUCGCCGGCGCCGCUAAUGACCCUUCCGUCUGGGCAACCGAAGAGGACUACAAAUUCUGGAACAACGAAGGUGACAGCACGCCUUCCAAUUCCGGCGGAGGAAGCGGAUACGACCAGAGGAAGAAGGCAAGAAGCUCUCAGGACAACAACGCAACGACGUCGUCGAGCAACAACAAUAGCAACAGGGCGAAGGCCAUAGGGAAGAUGUUCUUCAAGACUAAACUAUGCUGCAAGUUCCGUGCCGGAACCUGCCCUUACGUCACCAACUGCAACUUCGCCCACUCCGUCGAAGAGCUCCGCCGCCCUCCACCCAACUGGCAGGAGAUCGUCGCGGCUCACGAGGAGGAGAGGGCCAACACCGGCUCCGACACUGUUGUUCCCGCCAGGGAGGAGUUCCAGAUUCCCAUUUUGGGGUCUUCCAAUUACUCCGGCGAGUCGCAGCGGUCUUACAAGGGUAGGCAUUGCAAGAAGUUCUAUACAGAAGAAGGGUGUCCCUAUGGGGAUAGUUGCACUUUUCUUCAUGAUGAGCAAUCCAAGUAUAGAGAAAGUGUGGCUAUAAGCUUGGGCCCUGGUGGCUAUGGUGGUGGAGGGGGUGGUGCCGGUGGAGGAGGGGGUGGUGGAGGUACUGGAAGUGGCGGUGGUGCCAGUGCUGGUGCUGGUGCUGGUGCUGGUGCUGGUGGAGGUGGGAAUGGGAAUGGGCCUAAUUCGAAGCCUUCGAAUUGGAAGACGAGGAUUUGUAACAAGUGGGAGAUGACAGGGUAUUGUCCUUUCGGAAACAAGUGCCAUUUUGCUCAUGGUGCAGCAGCAAGCCACCUACAUGGAAAAAAGUUUGACUCUGGUGUUAUGACCGCAGAAUUGCAUCGGUAUGGAGGUGGGCUUGUAGAGGGAGAAAGUAGAGACCCUGCUUCUGCUGCUGCUCCCGACGCGAAGCAGGGAGGCGUACCUUCAAAAUCUCCUGCUGAUAAUGUGGUUGCAUCAGUUACCCCGGUUGCUCAUUCGGAUUCGAUGUAUCACAUGGGAGUUCCUUCGUCGCAAAGGGCUACGAUUGUGCUUCAGAGGCCUGGACAGAGAGCGCACCAGAAGUGGAAAGGUCCUGAUAAAAUCAGUAGAAUAUAUGGUGAUUGGAUUGACGACAUUGAAUAGAGUAGAGUGGCAAUCCAUGCCUUUGUAACGUGAAAAAUAAUGGAACAGGACUCGAAUGAUACUAUGUAUUACCAUGAAACCGAGUAUGUAAUGUCCCGUUUGGAUGAAAUGUGAUGUGAUAAUGUAUGUUUA